AUGGACUCCGAGCGACUUGCUGUUCAAUGUCAACCCAUUCCCGAAUAUCCGGACUCUCCCUUGACUGUAGCGCCAUUCCUUCGUUCUGUUGCUUCAGAGCGCGGUGCUUUUGGAAUAAGUCACACCCGAGUUCCUACUGAAAGUAGACCUGGACGUGACGUGGCGCUAAUUGGAGGGAUGUACGAGGACGUUUCGGCGGUCACAAAAGGCUGGAAAACCAAUCCCGUUGAUUUCGACUCGGUCUUCAACAAAUCCGCUCAUACGUUUGCGUAUGGAUCGCCGGAUAUUGUCCCGAUGUUUGCUCGUGGUGUAACUCCCGAGGAUAAAGUUUCCAGCUGGUGUUACGACGAAGAGGAUGAAGACUUUACUAAAGAUGCCAAGGAGCUUGAUACUUGGGUACUAACCCGAUCGAGCUUGCGUCAGGAAGGAGUGGUCAUUUUCCUCCAUCUUUUGGGGUUGGAUACAACCGGACAUAGUUAUAGACCUUUUUCAAAGGAAUAUAUGCAGAACAUUAUCCACGUCGAUGCUAUUGUGCAGGAAGCGGAAAAGCUGAUCAACGACUUCUACGCACACGACGAUGAGCCUGAGAACGAGUCGCGCACAGCUUACGUUUUCACCGCCGACCACGGUAUGAGCGUAAUAGGAAACCACGGUGAUGGAGAUCCCGACAAUACCCGCACCCCUUUAAUCGUAUGGGGCUCUGGCGUUCGUGGACCCGUGUCGGACCCGAAACCGAACUCGACCCACGACUCGUAUUCUAAACCCGCAUGGGGCCAGCCUUUGACUGAUCUUGCGCGCGCCGAUGUUCAGCAAGCGGACGUGGCGGCGUUGAUGACGGCCUUGUUGGGCGUCGACUGGCCAAUGAACAGUGUUGGAGUAGUGCCCGGUCUUGUCCAGGGUCCUGGGUAUCUCAAAGAGUCUGAUAAGCGAGGUGAUGAGCAGAUGGCUCGCAUUGGAGUUGCGAAUGCACGAGCUAUACUGGAGCAAUAUCGCGUCAAACACACGAUCAAAUCCAAACAUCAUCUACGCUACAAGUCUUUCCCUCCGCUUGAACCUUACGCUGGAGGCGCGCUACCCCCAGGUGCACUGGAACUUCGUGAAAUCGAGAGAUUGUUGGCUGCGCAGGACUGGAAAGCUGUACGGCAAAGGGCCCAGCAUCUAAUUGACAUUACACUCGAGGGACUAGUAUACUUACAGCGCUAUGACAGAUACGUUCUUCGGUUUAUCGUCACUGCUGGUUAUAUUGGAUGGAUGCUCCUCUCUGCAUUACACGUUCUCCAUACACACGUCUUGCCUCCGAAUCCCGUACUGAAAUCCACCGAUGAUACCGGCAUCUCUGUGUUGGACCUCUUGGCAUCGAUGGUUUCCCUAUUUACGGUCGGAAUAUUCGCGUACCAACGGUCUCCUUGGACGUACUACCUCUACGCCGCAUUUCCGAUCUAUUUUUUCCGGAGCAUACUUCGGGAGGGGAACGCCAUGUACGAAACGCUCGCACAAGAAAUGGACUGGGGUACCUUCCCGACUCCCGAAGAAGUGUUGGCAUGGGGCAUCGGCUCGUUUGCAGUGCUCGAGUGUAUGACGCUCGCAUAUACCCAUCGAGAACUGUGGACCGUCUUGUUCGUGAUUAUUGGUGUCGUCUGGCCUGUUCUUUCGUGGCCCACAGGGUUUUACUCUCAGAAUAAACGUCUCGGUUUGGGAUGGACGAUCAGUUGUCUUGUAAGCGGGAUAUUCACGGUAUUGAGUGUUGAGAAGACCGAGAGUAUUUUCCUUAUUUCUCUGGGAGCGGGGGCGAUCCUUAUGUUAGGUUUAGCUGGGGACUUGGCGGUAAAGUCUGAACUAGGCAGAAGAUCCUUUUCUUUGUCGUCGAUUAUUCAUAGGCCAAGAGGAUCAGUCCAAGCGCAAAUGAUACUUGUUGUAGCUGCAUUAGUCACAACGAUCAGCUCGGUCCGGAGUUUACAAAACAAAGAAGGUCUACCCAUCUUGAAUCAAUCGGCUGGAUGGGUCAUCCUUGUUUUGAGUGUCGUCCUCCCUAUCUUUCUUCCGCCUAGCGUUUCAAGUCCCAGCUCCAAGCUUCAGCAGUACUUCCUUGCCUUUGGACCACUUUUUGUUUUGUUGUCGAUCAGCACCGAAGGUCUUUUUUAUGCCUCGUUCAGCUUGACGUUGUUCCUUUGGGUAGAAGUCGAAGCCAGGCUCCAUCAAACGGCAGAAAAGGCAGGGCCAAAGCGAAUUGCCCCCAAGCCCGUAACGAAAAACAUUGGAUGGAGGGCAGAGGCGUUGCGUCAGGCACUAGACGAGGACGAAUCGGAACGUCCAAAGGUCAUCAAAGCUCGUGCUCCCAGGCUCUCACGUGGACUUGCCGGAGCUGACGUUCGACGAGCGUUAUUCUUCCUUUUCUUUGUCCAAGUGGCGUUCUUUGGAGCUGCAAACGUGGCGUCGGUCUCGUCCUUUUACCUUGAACCUGUCUAUCGACUUAUACCAGUCUUCAAUCCGUUCUUCAUGGCUUCGCUGCUGAUCUUCAAGAUAGUCGCACCCUAUGUGAUACUAUCGACUAUGUUCGCGACUUUGAACAAGAGAGUUGCUCUUCCUUCGUUCGCGUUAUUCAAGGUUGCCUUGGGCUUAACUGAUGUCAUGUCUCUGACAUUUUUCUAUCUGGUACGCGACACAGGCUCGUGGUUGGAGAUUGGACAAAGUAUCUCUUUCUAUAUUAUUACUUCACUUCUACUCGCGUGGAGUGCAGGUAUAUGCGCAGCAGGUGACUGGUUAAUGAAGGGAUCAGUACUGGGAGAUGAAGUUUCCGGUAGUACGAAUAGAUUGGACACUUCGAGGAAGUUUGACUGA